CCGCCCCCGGCGGCGCGUUGCAUCGUGGGAGAAUUGGCGAUCUCCAUCAUGGCGGCUUCCAUUUCGGGCUACACCUUCAGUGCGGUGUGUUACCACAGCGCCAACAGCGACGCGGACCACGAAGGAUUUUUAUUGGGAGAGGUAAGACAAGAGGAGACAUUUAGCAUCAGUGAUUCACAGAUCAGCAACACUGAAUUUCUGCAAGUAAUAGAAAUCCAUAAUCAUGAGCCUUGUCCAAAGCUUUUUAGCUUUUAUGACUAUGCUGGGAAAGUUAAUGAAGAAAGUUUAGACAGAAUUCUUAAAGAUCGAAGAAAGAACGUUAUCGGGUGGUACCGAUUCAGGAGGAACACGCAGCAGCAGAUGUCCUACAGAGAACAGAUCCUCCAUAAACAGCUGACACACAUUCUUGGAGCACCUGAUCUAGUCUUCCUCCUCAUCAGCUUCAUCUCCACUGCAAAUAAUUCCACUCAUGCUUUAGAAUACGUACUUUUUAGACCAAAUCGAAGGUAUAAUCAAAGGGUAUCACUUGCUAUCCCCAAUCUGGGCAACACCAGCCAGCAAGAGUACAAAGUUUCUUCAGUGCCAAACACUUCCCAGAGUUACGCCAAAGUUAUUAAGGAGCACGGUACUGACUUUUUCGAUAAGGAUGGAGUAAUGAAGGACAUCAGGGCUAUUUAUCAGGUGUAUAAUGCGCUUCAAGAAAAAGUUCAGGCAGUGUGUAUAGAUGUAGAGAAAAGCGAGCGAAUGGUUGAAUCUUUUCAGGCAGAAGUGAACAAAUUAAAAAAACAAAUCACUCAGAGGAAAAAUGAAAAGGAGCAAGAAAUAAAGAAUCAUUUCAUAAACAGAAAAGAAAAAGAAGAAGAAAAAGCAUGUAUGAAGACUCAGUACAUUGGGAAAGGGUUGCAGCAGGCCCUGUUAAACAGGCACUUGUCUGCAGAGACUUCGGAGCCGGGGUUCAGUGUGCGGCUGCCAUAUUCGGGCUUUGAGGUGGAAGGCAGAGCCCUCACAGAUGCCGAACCCUCUGACCCUCCCCCUCCUUACUCAGACUUUAACCCCGCCUGUCAAGAGAGCACUUUGGGCCAUUCUCUCCUGGAGAGCGGUGCCUUCAUGCCCCGACCCCAAGCUGUGGGCUCUUCCAGUUUUGUUUCCACAAAUGCAGGAUUGAAGUAUUCUGGAAAUGGAGCGGCCCUGCCUCUGUCCCAAAGAGCGGCAGGAGACACUGGGGAUGACUCGGAAGACAGCGAUUACGGCCCCGUGGGGCCCUCUCCCAGCGAAUACUCACACACACGGGGCUCCCGGCCGCCCACACAUCCUGAUGGAGACUCCAGGAACACUCAGACCUCUCAGAUAUGAUGGGACAGACAGAUUCUCACUGUAGCGCUGGUUUCCUUAACUGUUGUCGAAAGUCUUUCGGGGGACUUAAUUUCAGAGGCAAAAAAACUGCUUUGCAGAAAUGGAGACUCCUUGAGGAGGCUUCUUGUGCACAGAAGGCGCGCAUAGACUUGCCCUAGAUGACUUUACCUGCCUUGUGAUACAGUUUGCAAGUUUCAUAAUGGAAUCAUUAGGAUAAUCAAGUUGUACUAAUACUGAUGAGAUCCAUGGUCAAUUAGGCAAAGUGAAAUUUAUAGAAACCUUUUAGUUUUGGUUGCCGUAUUUUCAUUAAAAUAAAUUGGGAAUUGGAGACUAAGCACAAUUAGUCUAUAAAUGUCCUAUAAAAAUCAAAAACUUACCUCUUGCACUAUCAUGCCUUGAAAUUUAGUUUUCGAAAGGGAAGCAGGUUCAGCAGUAGCCUUCAAAAAAACUUUCUACGAUGAGCCAAAUCAUUCUUUGCCAGAAAAGAAAUUUUGAUAAUUCUCAGAAGCCUGAUUGGAACACAUCGGAUGUACCUUCUCCCAGCUGCAUGCCCUUUUGAGGUCAAAAGGGAAGGGUUUUGUUUCAACUUUUUUACUAGCCUGAUGUGUGUAUCACUUAAAAUGGUUGCCUUUUUAUGUAGGAAUAUUAAUUCCCAGUAAACAAUCACCCACGGAAGUAGGUCCUAGAGUUCUUGGUGUGCUGGGUUGGUGCUCCGGGGACGAGGCCGCUCACGAUCCUUGGCCUGAAGAUGGCGGGCACACGAGUACAAGGGAAGAGCCUUGGGCAUCUUACCUGGGUUUUAUAAUGAACAGAUUCCAAAUGUGAUUUUUUUUUCAAAGAUUAUGUAUAAAGGAGGUAAUUGAUUCAUGCCUUCAGAUGAAAUUAUCAAUGUAGUUUUAUGUAAGGACUAUAGGAGAAGGGUCUAUAAUGGAACCGGAUCUGUUUGAUUAUCUUGGUGAUUAAAGAUUUGUUUGACAUUUGAAGAAUAGUACUUAUAAGGGGUAAAAGUUGCCAUUUGGAGACUAA